UGAGCUGUCUGCAGCAGUGCUGAGAGGACCAGCCAUUUUACUUAUGGAAAACAGUGUAGCAUAUUCUGCUGAGCUUUACCCCGGAAGAAGCAUUUUUAAAAAACAAACACAAAAAAAAAGUCUAUUCAGAGAAGAAAGAAGCAAUGGGCACGAUAGCGUACAAGUAUUACAGCCGCGCAUGCCUGCAAGCCGCUGUUUGGACACGCCGUUGACUGCGGCUGCGGUUCUAAUUAGCUGAGUGGAGAAAGUGGAAUGCAGAGUGAUAAUGCUACAUAUCUGCUAUCAGGCACCAGAAAAGGUUUUUGUCUCCGGAAGGCAAACCUUCCCUGCAAUAUUAUCUCAGCAGCUCCCUCGCUGCUUGCCCUGGAAACUAGUGAUCAAAAAGGAGGGUGUUGCCCUCGCUAACACCGGUCCUGUGCGUGGCUGUCGCAUGUGAGCAGCAGGUCUGAAAAAGCAGGUGUGUGCUCGGACGGCCCCUGGGCUGUAACGCAGGCAGACGCUCUCGGGUUUACCUGCUUGCUGUUAACAGAUUGUGGGCUCACAGGGCAUCUGCCAGCGCGCUGAGGCCCAGGCGGAGGCGGAGCAGGGGGUCCGGCGUCCCACCUGACUGUGAGAGACACUUGGAUUGGACUUAACCUUAAACCUCUGGAGUUCAAGACCUUUUAAAAAGGGCUAAAUAAACAAUCUCUACAUGUAAAAGGCCACUGACUCCUACUCUGCUUAGAGCCAACGGUUGAACACAGCUGCCUGGAGAACCAGAAUAGGACAGACUCAUAUACCAUUCUGAUCUGGGUGCAUUUCUUCAGAAGUCCAGAGAGCUGAGCUAAUUACACUCCUCAGUUUGGGGCACAUGACCCAUGCUAGGCUCCUACAGGAAAACCGAAGACUUUAAUAGCAAACCUUCCAAGGCCAAAAUGAAUACAGAUAGCGGUGGGUGUGCUCGCAAACGUGCCGCCAUGUCUGUUACCUUAACAUCUGUGAAGAGAGUUCAAAGUUCUCCAAACCUAUUGACUGCAGGGCGUGAUUCUCAGUCACCAGACUCAGCUUGGAGGUCUUACAAUGAUCGAACUCAAGAGACACUGAACGGAGAUGCUACAUAUUCAUCUCUUGCAGCAAAAGGUUUCAGAAGCGUUCGACCAAACCUACAAGAAAAAAAAUCACCAACUCAGGCACCCCUUCCACCAGCCGAAAAAGAGAGCUUUUGUAGUUCCUUGAUAACCGAUCACACAAAGAGUGACACUUUAGACCAAUUACGAACUAACACACAAAUUUCUUCCUGUGCAGAGUACGUUACUAAUAAAAAAUCAGAUCAGGGAACUAUGUAUUCUAACGAAGAUCCCAAUCAAACAAUCAUAUAUUCCGAAGAAUCUAACACAACCGUGUCGUAUACACAUAAAAUCACUAACCCAGUACCAGCAGUUCCCAGCACAAGUGCCUCACCAUUGGCUGACCUCAAUACUCCAGUUCUACAAGAGGACUACAUGCAGGAUUCUCAGUCUCGGAGAAUUUCCACCUUGAAACUAACCCAUAACCAGGAUCUAGGCAGUAGCAUCCCCUUUAACACUCCACGGCUUUUCAAACCUAUCGAGGUACCAUCGUUUCUCAAAAGGCCUUGCUCACCCCCUCCUAACCCAGUGCCUGAGAAACACACAGCAUCUCUCUCCAUUCAGAUAGCUCCCCUUUCAGGACAUGAUCCUGAAGGCCUCAAACAGCCACCUGAGCUUUCUCCAGAGACUACAAAGAUACCUCUUCAACAAGAGAGACCCAAAUCUGCAGUUGCUGCGGCCUCUCAGUCCUCAGACUGCCGGGUGCUUGGAAAUCAGAAUUUAACUGCCAAUGCGUUGGAGGUAAAUGCUUCACUGACACACAGCCAAACUUUACCAGAAGCCUCUUCUCCGUGCUCUUCUUCUAUGAGCCAGAUAACAGUGAAUGGAAACUCGGGAGGUGCUGUGAGCCCGAUGAGUUACUAUCAACGGCCAUUUUCCCCUUCAGCCUACUCUCUCCCAGGCUCACUGAACUCAAGCAUUAUCAUGCAGCAUGGCAGAUCACUUGAUUCCACAGAGACCUAUUCCCAGCACGCGCAGUCUCUGGACGGCACCUCUGGCAGCUCCAUCCCACUGUACCGGUCCUCAGAGGAGGAGAAGAGAGUGACGGUCAUCAAAGCCCCGCAUUACCCGGGGAUCGGGCCAGUGGAUGAAUCCGGAAUCCCCACAGCAAUUAGAACGACAGUUGACCGGCCGAAGGACUGGUACAAGACAAUGUUUAAGCAGAUCCACAUGGUGCACAAGCCGGAUGAUGACAGAGACAUGUAUAACACUCCUUACACAUACAACGCAGGGCUGUACAACCCACCCUACACGGCUCAGUCGCACCCGGCUGCAAAGACCCAGACCUACAGACCUCUCUCCAAAAGCCACUCUGACAACGGCACCGAUGCCUUUAAAGAUGCGCCUCCUCCAGUGCCUCCCCCACAGGUUCCGCCUCCAGUCCCACCCAUGCGACCCAGAGACUGGUCUUCAACAGAAAAGCAUGACUGGGAUCCUCCAGACAGAAAAGUGGACACAAGAAAAUUCCGAUCCGAGCCAAGGAGUAUUUUUGAAUAUGAACCUGGGAAGUCAUCAAUUCUGCAGCAUGAGAGACCACCCUCUCUCCCAGCACCUCCGACACCUGUCCCACGGGAACCUGGCCGGAAGCCUCCUUCCAUUUCACCCUACGGAGACGUAACUGGUAGCCCCUCCCCUCCGCCCAGGAGUGGGGUCCCCACACCAAGCAUGUGUGCCCCGGCUCUCUCUCCCAUCCGGACUGAUCGCAUAAAUCCAGAUGACAUAGAUUUAGAAAAUGAGCCCUGGUAUAAAUUCUUUUCAGAACUGGAGUUUGGACGUCCGCCUCCUAAAAAGGCUCUGGACUAUGUUCAAGAUCAUUCUUCUGGUGUUUCCAAUGAGGCCUCUGUGUAUCAGUCCUCUAUAGACAGAAGCCUGGAAAGACCCACAAGUUCCGCCAGCAUGUCCAGUGACUUUAGGAAACGGAGGAAGAGCGAGCCUGCAGUGGGUCCACCCAGGGGCUUGGGGGAUCAAAGUGCAAGCAGGACCAGCCCAGGGCGGGCGGACCUCCCAGGAUCAAGCACCACCCUUACGAAGUCUUUCAUUAGUUCUUCUCCUUCAUCCCCAUCAAGAGCGAAAGGUGGGGAUGAUAGCAAAGUGUGCCCAUCCCUUUGCAGUUACUCAGGGCUCAACGGCAACCCCUCCCAUGAGUUAGAUUACUGUAGCCCUUAUAGACAACACUUGGACGUCCCACGGGACUCACAGAGAGCCAUUACUUUCAAAAAUGGCUGGCAAAUGGCCCGGCAAAAUGCAGAGAUCUGGAGCAGUACUGAAGAAACAGUCUCCCCCAAAAUCAAAUCCCGUAGCUGUGAUGAUCUGCUCAAUGAUGACUGUGAUAGCCUCCCUGACCAGAAAACCAAGUCAGAAAGCAUGGGCUCUCUGUUGUGUGAAGAGGAUGCGAAAGAGAGCUGCCCCAUCGGGUGGGCUUCCCCCUACAUCCAGGAAGUUCGUGGCAAUGGCAGAUCCAGACUCAGACACAGGUCAGCCCACAAUGCCCCUGGCUUCCUAAAAAUGUACAAGAAAAUGCACCGCAUUAACCGCAAGGAUUUGAUGAAUUCAGAAGUGAUUUGCUCCGUGAAGUCAAGAAUUCUGCAAUACGAAAAGGAGCAACAACACAAGGGCCUAUUCCAGGGAUGGAGCCAGUCCUCCACAGAGGAGGUGCCCAGGGACAUGGUCCCCACCCGCAUUUCUGAGUUUGAAAAGUUGAUCCAGAAGUCAAAAUCCAUGCCCAAUUUAGGGGAUGAAAUGUUAUCUCCUAUGACCCUGGAACCGCAACAAAAUGGCUUAUGUCCCAAGAGGCGAUUUUCCAUCGAGUCUUUGUUGGAGGAAGAAAAUCAAAGUAGACACCCGUCUCAGGUACAACGAAGCUACCAAUCUAAGGCCCUGGUGCCAAUUCACAUCGAAGUCACCAGUGAGGAGCACCCGAGAACUCACGUGGAAUUUUCUGAUAGUGACCAAGACGGAGUCGUGUCUGACCACAGUGACUACAUUCACGUAGAGGGGUCGUCCUUCUGCAGCGAAAGUGAUUUCGAUCACUUUUCCUUCACAUCUUCCGAAAGUUUUUAUGGAUCCAGCCACCACCACCAUCAUCAUCACCACCACCACCACCGGCACCUCAUCAGUUCCUGCAAAGGCAGAUGCCCGGCCUCUUAUACUCGAUUUACCACAAUGUUAAAACAUGAGAGAGCUAGGCAUGAAAAUACAGAAGAGCCUCGGAGACAAGAAUUGGACCCUGGCCUUUCUAAACUUGCAUUUCUAGUCAGUCCUGUGCCUUUCCGGAGGAAAAAAAAUUCAACUCCCAAAAAACACACUGAAAAGGCAAAAUGUAAGACAUCUGUAUUUGAGGCUCUGGAUUCUGCCCUUAAAGACAUCUGUGAUCAAAUUAAAGCUGAAAAGAGAAGGGGAAGUUUGCCAGACAACAGUAUCUUGCACCGUCUUAUCAGUGAGCUGCUGCCAGAUAUUCCUGAAAGGAAUUCAUCACUCAAAGCUCUAAAAAGGAGUCCCAUGCACCAGCCUUUCCACCCACUGCCUCAAGAUGGUGCUAUUCAUUGUCCCUUGUACCAGAAUGAUUGUGGGAGAAUGCCUCACAGUGCCUCGUUCCAAGAUAUGGACACGACCAACAACAACUACCACCAAGACCAUGACAGUGCUCUGGGGCCCCAAGACCGGGACUCCCCUAGAAGUUACUCAUCCACUUUGACUGACUUGGGGAGAAGUACGCCAAGGGAAAGAAGAGGAACUCCAGAAAAAGAGAAAUUGCCUGCAAAAGCUGUUUAUGAUUUUAAGGCUCAGACGUCGAAGGAAUUGUCAUUUAAAAAAGGAGAUACUGUCUACAUCCUCAGGAAAAUUGAUCAAAAUUGGUAUGAGGGAGAACACCAUGGAAGAGUGGGCAUUUUUCCAAUCUCUUAUGUCGAGAAACUCACACCUCCUGAAAAAACACAGCCUGCAAGGCCACCUCCCCCAGCCCAGCCUGGAGAAAUCGGAGAAGCUAUAGCCAAAUAUAAUUUCAACGCAGACACAAACGUAGAGCUAUCUCUGAGGAAGGGAGAUAGAAUUAUUCUUCUUAAAAGAGUUGAUCAAAACUGGUAUGAAGGUAAAAUUCCAGGAACCAACAGACAAGGCAUCUUCCCUGUUUCCUAUGUAGAGGUCGUCAAGAAGAAUACAAAAGGUGCUGAGGACUACCCUGAACUCCCAAUACCCCACAGCUAUUCUAGCGAUAGAAUUCACAGCUUAAGUUCAAACAAGCCACAGCGUCCUGUGUUUACUCAUGAAAACAUUCAAGGUGGGGGGGAACCGUUUCAGGCUCUGUAUAACUAUACUCCUAGGAAUGAAGAUGAGCUGGAACUCAGAGAAAGUGAUGUCAUUGAUGUGAUGGAAAAGUGUGAUGAUGGAUGGUUUGUGGGAACCUCAAGAAGAACCAAAUUCUUUGGUACUUUUCCCGGAAAUUAUGUGAAGAGGCUGUGAAUCACUCUCCCUUCUUAUUUAUGCUGCAUUUCGGCAACACAUCUACAUAAACUUGCCUGAAACAUCCCGCAGGUUCCCGUUGUCAUGCCUUAUGGUGUCCAACCCGCCAUCACCAUCCGCACCUGCCACCAAACCACCAGCAGAGUAACCACCGCUGAGAGCCUGGGGGAGACAGGGCAGACUGGCUUCCGCAUGACAGUGCAUGUUCCCGCGUGCUGCGCUGAGCUUUGCAAAGUCAGUAUUUGAGAUGAAAAAGAAAGUCGCUAUCCUUAAAAAGAGUAAAAAAAAUUUAGGCAAAAGAAAGAAAGUUCACCAGGAGGCUCUGUGGUCUCCUGGUCCUAUGUCAACAUUUCUGGAAGAUGUUCUCCCCUCAGGCAACCAGAAGAUUGUUUAUUAGGACAUGCUGUGGUUUGCAUUUUCACAUCCUGAGCUUGGCACUCUAUUUUUCUUUCACGAGUUUGCCUAGUGUCCUGGUUUACACACUCUGACAACUGUACUUCAGCUAUCGUUUGCCUGCACUUAUAUGUUGUAAUAGGCACAGUGAUUAUAAAAUCUAAAGCAAGAAUAGGAAAGUAAAUUUGAAUGAGUAUGACUUGGUUGAUUGAAUGUGAGUUUCCAAAUAGGCGUCUUUUCCUGCAAUUCCUUUUGUACUUUUUAGAAGUGCAAACAGUGAGUAAGAGCCUUUGGUUAAUAAUCAUGAGAAUACAAGAAGUUUAGCUAGACUCUGAAAAAAAAAAAAAAAACUAUUGUGUUGUAAAGUUGCAUUGCUAUUUUAUAUUAAAAUGUAAUAAUCAGCAUUAUGAACAAUGAGCUCUUAGUGUUUUAUUUAUCUGAUACAACUUAAAUAAAAGCAGUGUUAGUGAGAGGUGCAAAGACUGAUGCUAACAUAGACACUUGAACGUAUCUGUAAGCAAUAUCUGUAGGUAAGACUUCACUGUGUGUACACAUAUGCAUUGAGAUUGUAUGAGAACAUAUCAUCCGUAUGAUAUGUCGUACAUUUUAUGGAAAUGUAAGAGAAUCCCACACAUUAUUUUAUAGAAAUAGAGUACUUCAGAGGCAUCACAAGUAUUAGAGCUGGUUUUAGCAAGGAUUAUGAUCAAUACAUUUAUUUUUACUACGAUAAUUAUUUUUCUUCUAUGGAACUCAGAAUCCUGGCUACAUUUGAGAACAGGAAUAUGUUGAGUCUGGUUUUUCCUGGUGUGUGUAAAGUUUUUCCUGGGAAUAAAUUAGGCACGUUGUAAAGACGAUGUUAAAUCAUUCGGGUUAUAUUUUCUGCCUUGAGGCAGAAAUGUAUAAGAUGAUAUUGGGAUCUGAAAGAUUUAAUAUGGUUAACAGUGCCUGAUUUACACAUGCCCCGAAAACUAGCUUUGUAUUUCUUAUGACUUUGCAUAAGAACUCUUCAUCUUUGGAUCUCGAGCACCUUAGAGAUAAAACUUUUUAUGGCAUUUCUUCCGUGGACAGUGAUUGAUCUUUUCACGAUGUAUGUAGAAUUUAGUAUUUUGUACAUAUGUUUGCUCUUGUUUUGUACAGACUAUUUAGUUGUUGAGAAAAUGGGGAAAUUUCCUAAUUUGGUCUUUAUCCUGCACUUAAACUAAACUAAAACACUUUCAGCACAUUAUUCUUCAUGCAUCUCACAGGUCACAAGCCCCCCAUUGGUAGUGUGAGUCUGUAAGAAGGCAUUUAUGCAAAACUUUAUGAUUUUAAAAGAUCUUAGCAGCCAACCCAAAAUGUACAUAAAUACUGAUUACAGAGAAAUUUCAUUAGGAAGAAGAUAAAGGAAAACAUCAUUGCAUAGUUUACCUUAGUUACUGUUAAGUUCACAACCAG